UAUAUCAUAUGCCGUUAUUUGUUUUGAAUGGUUUGUUUACUUUAGUGGAGAUAAAGUAUACUUACAGACUUCUUCAAUUAUUUCUCACAAUCUAUGCCUAUUGCAAGAGAAAUCAAGUUUGGCCAUCAGAAAUCCUUGGAAAUGGAAGUGAUAUAUGGCAGAUUUAUUAUGUCAAUCAAUGAAAAUGGGCAUUCGGGUCGUCAUUUCAUACUCUGUUUCCGAAAUAUUUGUUUGAGGACAAAGUAGCAACCAAACAUAUAUAUUCCUAUAGCUGUUUACUUUCAUUUUUCUUCUCAAGCAUCUCAUGUGAACCAGUCUAAUGUGUUGUUUCAUAGCAUUUAUUAAUGAUUAAUCAGAUUUUAGGAUUCUAAUUCUUCACCACGUUUUUUGUUGGUUUGCUUACUGUACUCACAUAUUUUAAGGCAAAUUCGGCUAUAAGACUCAUUGGUAUUUAAAGCAAUAUUGUAAUGAGUUUGAGUAUAUACAAUAAGGCGUAAGGCGCUACCUGAUCCAAUAUCGUGGGAACAGAUGGGGCCUAGGUCACAUUUUUUAAAAUUUCAUCUUUAUUCUGGGGUUUUGAGCAAUGUUCUACGUCAUGUGGUCUUUAAAUUCGUAAUUUUUCAAUAAUAAAAAUUUUAGCUGGACUUAGAAGUGGUGUAGGCUAUUUUAUAAACGUUGGAAACAAAGUCCCUAAUGGGGUUGAAAAACAGGAAGGAAUCAAAGCUGUAGUGCCAGAGGAUGUUGAUUAUGAAGCCAUUUUCAGACAUAUUAUUAAACAUAACCAGAGCUCAGGGUUUACUGAGCAUGCAUAUCUACCGAUAUUCAAAUAUAAUGAAACUAAAAUUUGUUUUUCUGUGAUUUUCUCAAAACUAAAAUUUGUGACUUACCGUAGGCCUUUUCUGUUCUCAUCUAGAAAUAUCUGUAUUCUUAGAUAUUAUGAAACUUACAUAUAUCUUGGAUUUUAGUAUAGUUAUGUCAUAAUUGAGCCACCCAUGGAGGGUUCUUUGUACAAAUGGUAUGGACCUUUUUCAAGAUGGCAUAACCGUUAUUGCAUUGUGAAUAAUGGUCAGCUUGAAUUUUAUUCAUCGAAAAAUGCUCUUCAAGAAGGACAACGUAGCCUUGAAACACAUCAUAUCUCAUUUUGUGAAAUCACUGUUGACAAAACAUCUCUCGUUGAUUGGAGUAUUCAGGUACCUUGCCAUCCCAUCAUAUAUCUGAAAACAGAUACAAAGGAAGAAAGGAGACGUUGGCUUCGAAUUUUAGGCUCUGCCAAAGCGUGUUUGACAAAUACGUCUGCAUUAAACCUAAUUAAUCCGCAAUAUUCGAACACAAUAAAUAAUGGUUCACCAGAAAGUAUUAGUACAUCAGUUCAAGAAGCUGGAGACCCUAUUACCUCACAACCGGAUAAUAAUGCAAUUGAAAUUUGUAGUCAAAUUUCAUCGGAAGAACCUUCCGAAAAUUUAAGAGAGCAAAAUAGAACUGAGACUGAUGAUGAUAAUAUUCGAGACAUCAUGGAAAAUGAAGUUAUUUUAGAUGAAAAUGCAACAAAAAAACUUACAUCAAUUUGUGAUGACAUUAGAUGCGAACUGGAUUCAUUUCAAAAAUUAUAUUGUUCUGAAGUAGUCGGUUCUAUUAAAUCCAUUCAUAAAGAUGCAAGCAAAUUGUGUUUCCAAUUUUCACUGUUUAAACAUUUUAUGCAAUCCAUGACUGGAAAACAAUUGGACCAGUUACGUCCUGAAGAUGAAUGUAGCCAGAGUGAAAUUGAAUCUCAAGUCACAAUUGACAGUGGAUAUGAAGUAAUGGCUGCUCAACCAACUCAAAUUUGUGAUGAAGAAAAAUUGAAUUUGGAAACUUUUUUUACAACUGUGAAAGUGUCUUUUCGUGAUGUCAUGAAUGAAGCAAACCAGUGUUCAUCGGAUUUAUUAUCUCUUGUGAAGACUGAAACGUAUAUGGAAGCUUGUCUGGAAUAUACUAAAUUUUUUGAUAUUUUUGCUGGCACUUUACUAAGUCCAUUGAAAAAUGACAUAUUAGGCAAUGUAGAAAAAAUUCGUAAGGAAUUUGUAAAAGAUCCUGAAAGGUAUGUUUACAUACAAUUGAUAAUCGAGGAUGAAAUUUCAAGAAAGGGACAUUUGCAUUCUGACAGUGCAACACAGGCAGUGUUAUGGAUGAUGCGUGGCUUACGAACGGUUUCUGCUUUUUUCAACUAUUCUACAACACCUGAGCAUCACAGUUUUAAAAUUGCUGCAUCUGCGUUCGAGGAAGCAUACAGUGAAUAUCUUAAACCAUAUCAUAAUUUUGUUGUUCGUAGAAUGUUCACCAUGGGACUUAAAUUGAUCCCAAACUUGGAUUAUUUUAAAAAGCAAGUAGUUUAUUGUGAUGUUGAUACCACCUCUCCCGAAGUGGAAAAUGAACUUUUUAGACAAGUACAAGAAUAUCAAAAAGCUAUGUCUGAGGUUGUCAGUUCGAUAGAAAAAAUUUAUUUACAUCAUAACCUUGCCUUAUGAUUUCUCGAACAAUAAUAUGAAUCACGGACUUUUAAGUGGGGUUAAAUACAUAAUAUGUUCAUUAGAAUAUUUAACGAAUCGUGCUGUCAAGAUUGCUGUUAUUUCCGAAGUUGUAUGGGUGGAAAUGUUAUGUCAAAUUAUCUAGUAAAAAUGUAAAACUAUGAAAAUUAAACGGCUCUUGUUUUUGAAAAAUUAAGUAAUACAUCUCAAUUGGGCUCAUUCACCUGUUUAUCUUCAGACGCUCAAAUUGUAGAACAAAAAUAAGUGUGUUAUUAAAGAUUUAAUCUGCCUCUUUCUUUUUGUCAUAAAAUAAGCAGUUUUUCUAGAAAUUAUCCAAUAUAGUGUUUCAGUUUUUAUGUAUCCCUUUUUUUUGAUACUAGUCAUGUAAA